AUGUCACGGGGGAUAGGCCAUCCUCCCGCAGACCAAGACACCAAGCUGAACAAGUUUCUGUGGAGCAACGGCAUCCGCAAUGUGCCCCGGCGGGUGCGCGUGCGCCUGUCUCGCAAGCGCAAUGAGGACGAGGAGGCUACGGAGAAGAUGUUCACCUUGGUCCAGCACGUGCCGGUCGAGAGCUUCAAGGGGCUCCAGACCGAGAACGUCCGGGAUGAAUGA